UGGGUCGCCCUUGCGCCGGCUGCGCCGCCCAAUUUAUUUUACUAAGCAGUCGGUUUCGGCAGGUCCCGGCAGCUCACUGGGGAAUGGGCCGACAGAAAACCAACUGCUCUUGUAAUGCUUUAAAAAUAUUUUUUAAAAUAUUAUAAAGAAGAAAAAGAGGGAAAAGGGCCCUGAUCGCGGCGAGCGGCCUCGGCAGGGGGCGGCGGCCGCAGCCUGGUUAGUCGAACCCACCGAACUCAAGGUGUCCGGAGUUGGUCGACCGCUGGAGUUUAGGAGCAAGCCGGGCCCCGCGGUCUUUCUCCGCUAAUCACGCUAGGCGAGUGCAGCAGCCGCCCUGAGCGUUUGUUUCUGCCGGCAAACUUGGAGGGUCGUGGGCGCGCUCUGGGGAGGCGGGGGCACUGUGGGCUCGCGGUUGUUAAGGACUCUGGGGGCGGGGGCAAUGCUGUAUUUGCUAGGAGCCGGAGAGGUUCCAGCCACUAGCAUGGGAGCCGCCGGUGUGUACGAACUCCUGAACCACGGCAAUUUAGCAAGUAUUCGGCGCCAGUGUGGGCUAGGCUGCGAUCUGACGUGGAGCGCUUGCUGAGUGUAGGAAAAGCUCUAGGAACUCGGCAGAUUCAAUUCGCGGCCCCAGCUGAUCCCCUCGCAAACAUGGAGCUGCCUCCUUCCCCGCCCACCUCACGGCGGCGGCUACUGCUCCCCCUCCCUCCCCUCCCGCCCUGAGUAGUGUGCAGCCGGGGCUCCCUCUUCCGCGAGGUGCCGCUGCGUGCCACUGGGCCGCGUACGGGGUGGGGGCAGCCUUGUAUGCGCGCGCGCUCACGAGGGGGUGGCCUGAAAGGGGCAGUGAAGGUCGGAAACUGGGAAAACAGACUCCACGCUUGGAAUAGGGAAAAGGAAAUGCAUCAGCGGGCGGGGAGGGGCGCGCCUGUCAGCCGGAUGGCGGCUGCGGGCGGAGAGGCGGGGCGCCGAAGCAAAUUGCGGGCAGUGGCGGUGCUGGCGGGGAGGGGAGGCUCAGGGCCAGUCCUCCAAGUGCGCGGCCAUCUCUGCCUCCGUAGCCUGGCCAAGACUGUUUACUAUCUCCUGCAGGGAGCUUGUGCAACCGGCCUGGAGGGGACCCGAGAGGGGCGGGGACAUUUCCUCUUCCACCCACUUCGGGCUCUCCAGAGGCUCCGCCUUCUCUUGUCUUUCACUGGUUAAAUUCGAGUCCCUCUUUCCCUUCUUGUGUAUGCAUUGGAUGAUAUUCUUUAGAGCUCCGCCUAUCCGGAGGUUGGACUGGAGUUUAAGUUGCUAAAAAUUUUUUUUCUUCGAAGGGCGGAGGGAGGAUUCCUGGGGCUUACUUGAGGUACAAGCCCCCGCCCCUGCUUUUGAUUGGCCAAUUGGAUAGGCCUUCCCCUUCUGGGACAAGCUAGGAGGGGACGUCCUCCGGCUCCCUCCCCCCCUUUCUCAUGAGCGCGCUCGGCACAUGGUUGAGGCCCUUCUAGCUCCCAUCAACUUCCCUCCCGCCCGGAAGUCUCAGGCUCCGCGCCCUUAUUUAGGGGGGCGGGGAAAGCCUUGGAGGCACACAAAGAUUCUUCCGAGUCUAAAGAUCUGCUAGCCCUCGAGGUGAAGCUCCACAAUUGCGCUGUUGCUCCAGAAAGUGUAGCUCCCGGGCUGCUGCACGGAGGGGAGGGAAUGAGUUCUAACCUCCUCCCGGUCAACUUUUGCUGCCUUUCUCUAUGCCCCUUGACUUCCUUAAAUUUAAGUUUGAGAAAGCUUGGAUGUUGGCCGCAUCCUUAAUUCCUUGUGCAAGGCAAUCGUGAUCCUUAGUCGGCGGAAUCUAAGAUUAUGACAACCUAGAGAUGGAACCUUAGGCAAGAUCUACGAAACCUCGGUCUCUGCAGUCAAGGGAAGUCCGGGAGGCCUGUUUCUAGCAAGGAUUCGGGGGUAUUCGUUGAUACCAUGGUGGGAGUGCUGUACAUUAUGUGUUCAGCUCGGUGGCAUUAAGUACACUCACGUCCUUGUGCAGCCCUCGCCACCAUCCACCUUCAGAAUUCAUUCAUCUCCCACUGUUGAACCUUUACACACAUGAAACAGUUAGAAGAGGACAUCAGAUUCUUUGGGACUAGCAUUACAGACGUGUGAACCUCCUUGUAACCCUGGGCCUUCUGAAAGAGCAGUUUGUAGUGCAUCUCUGAGCAUGAGUGCAGAAUGAAGCGACGUUUGGAUGACCAGGAAUCACCAGUGUAUGCAGCCCAGCAGCGAAGGAUUCCUGGAAGCACAGAGGCUUUUUCUCACCAGCACCGGGUUCUUGCCCCGGCCCCUCCUGUGUAUGAAGCAGUGUCUGAGACCAUGCAGUCAGCUACAGGCAUUCAGUACUCAGUGGCACCCAACUACCAGGUUUCAGCUGUGCCACAAAGUUCUGGCAGUCAUGGGCCUGCCAUAGCAGCGGUUCAUAGCAGUCAUCAUCACCCAGCAGCUGUCCAGCCUCACGGAGGUCAGGUGGUCCAGAGCCAUGCCCAUCCAGCCCCGUCAGUUGCACCAGUGCAGGGACAGCAGCAAUUUCAGAGGCUGAAGGUGGAGGACGCCCUGUCCUACCUUGACCAGGUGAAGCUGCAGUUCGGGAGUCAGCCUCAGGUCUACAAUGAUUUCCUCGACAUCAUGAAGGAAUUUAAAUCUCAGAGCAUUGAUACUCCAGGAGUGAUUAGCCGCGUGUCCCAGCUAUUUAAAGGCCACCCUGACCUGAUCAUGGGCUUCAAUACCUUUUUGCCUCCUGGCUAUAAAAUUGAGGUGCAGACAAAUGACAUGGUGAAUGUGACAACUCCUGGCCAGGUUCAUCAGAUUCCCACCCAUGGCAUCCAGCCCCAGCCCCAGCCACCACCUCAGCAUCCUUCCCAGCCUUCAGCCCAGUCAGCUCCCACUCCUGCCCAGCCAGCUCCUCAGCCCACACCUGCCAAAGUCAGCAAGCCUUCCCAACUACAAGCACAUACGCCAGCCAGUCAGCAGACUCCCCCACUCCCACCAUAUGCAUCCCCACGUUCUCCACCCGUCCAGCCUCACACACCAGUGACAAUCUCCUUGGGAACGGCUCCAUCUUUGCAGAACAAUCAACCUGUGGAGUUUAAUCAUGCCAUCAACUAUGUUAAUAAGAUCAAAAACAGAUUCCAGGGCCAACCAGACAUCUACAAAGCAUUCCUGGAGAUUUUGCACACAUACCAGAAAGAACAGCGGAAUGCCAAGGAAGCUGGAGGAAACUAUACUCCAGCUUUGACGGAACAAGAGGUGUAUGCCCAGGUGGCUCGUCUCUUCAAAAACCAGGAAGAUCUGUUGUCUGAGUUUGGACAGUUCCUGCCAGAUGCCAACAGCUCGGUGCUUUUAAGCAAAACAACUGCUGAGAAGGUGGAUUCUGUGAGAAAUGACCAUGGAGGCACAGUGAAGAAGCCCCAACUAAAUAACAAGCCACAGAGGCCCAGUCAGAACGGCUGCCAGAUCCGCAGGCACUCUGGGACAGGAGCCACACCUCCGGUGAAGAAAAAACCCAAACUGAUUAGUCUAAAGGAGUCUUCGAUGGCAGAUGCCAGCAAGCAUGGUGUUGGGACUGAAUCGUUAUUUUUUGAUAAGGUUCGAAAGGCUCUCCGGAGUGCAGAGGCCUAUGAAAACUUCCUUCGAUGCCUUGUUAUCUUUAACCAGGAGGUGAUCUCUCGGGCGGAGCUUGUACAACUAGUCUCUCCUUUUCUGGGGAAAUUCCCUGAAUUGUUUAAUUGGUUUAAAAACUUUUUGGGCUAUAAGGAGUCUGUGCAUCUGGAAAGCUUUCCAAAGGAGCGCGCCACAGAGGGCAUUGCUAUGGAGAUAGACUACGCCUCUUGUAAACGGCUGGGCUCCAGCUACCGGGCGCUGCCGAAAAGUUACCAGCAACCCAAGUGUACAGGGCGGACUCCUCUGUGUAAGGAGGUUUUAAAUGAUACCUGGGUUUCCUUCCCCUCUUGGUCUGAAGACUCCACUUUCGUUAGUUCUAAGAAGACUCAGUAUGAAGAACAUAUUUACCGUUGUGAAGAUGAACGAUUUGAGCUUGAUGUGGUUCUCGAGACCAAUCUUGCAACAAUCCGGGUUUUAGAAGCAAUACAGAAAAAACUUUCCCGCUUGUCUGCUGAGGAACAAGCCAAAUUUCGCUUAGAUAAUACUCUUGGAGGCACGUCUGAAGUCAUCCAUCGAAAAGCACUCCAGAGGAUAUAUGCUGACAAAGCAGCGGAUAUCAUUGAUGGCCUGAGGAAGAAUCCCUCCAUUGCUGUUCCCAUUGUCCUUAAAAGGUUGAAGAUGAAGGAGGAAGAGUGGCGGGAAGCUCAGAGAGGCUUCAACAAGGUCUGGCGAGAGCAGAAUGAGAAGUACUACUUAAAGUCUUUGGAUCACCAGGGCAUCAACUUCAAACAGAAUGACACUAAGGUCUUGAGGUCUAAGAGCUUACUCAAUGAGAUCGAGAGCAUCUAUGAUGAGAGGCAAGAGCAGGCUACAGAAGAGAAUGCUGGUGUACCUGUUGGCCCACACCUCUCUCUUGCCUAUGAAGACAAGCAGAUAUUAGAAGAUGCUGCUGCUCUGAUUAUCCAUCAUGUGAAGAGGCAAACAGGAAUUCAGAAAGAGGACAAAUACAAAAUCAAGCAAAUCAUGCAUCAUUUCAUUCCUGAUCUGCUGUUUGCUCAGAGAGGGGAUCUCUCAGAUGUGGAAGAAGAAGAGGAGGAAGAAAUGGAUGUGGAUGAAGCUACAGGGGCACCUAAGAAGCACAAUGGUGUUGGGGGCAGCCCCCCAAAGUCCAAGUUGUUAUUUAGUAACACAGCAGCUCAGAAGUUAAGAGGGAUGGAUGAAGUGUACAACCUCUUCUAUGUCAAUAACAAUUGGUAUAUCUUUAUGCGGCUGCAUCAAAUUCUCUGCUUAAGGCUGCUACGGAUUUGUUCCCAAGCUGAGCGGCAAAUUGAAGAAGAAAACAGAGAGAGAGAAUGGGAACGGGAGGUGCUAGGCAUAAAGAGAGAUAAGAGUGAUAGUCCUGCCAUACAGCUGCGUCUCAAAGAACCUAUGGAUGUGGAUGUAGAAGAUUAUUACCCAGCUUUCCUGGACAUGGUGCGGAGCCUGCUUGAUGGCAACAUAGACUCAUCACAAUAUGAAGAUUCACUGAGAGAGAUGUUCACCAUCCAUGCCUACAUUGCCUUUACUAUGGACAAAUUAAUCCAGAGCAUCGUCAGACAGCUGCAGCAUAUUGUCAGCGACGAGGUCUGUGUGCAGGUUACUGACCUUUACUUGGCGGAAAACAACAACGGAGCCACUGGAGGCCAGCUGAGCAGUCAGACAUCGAGGAGCCUUCUGGAGUCGACAUACCAGCGGAAAGCAGAGCAGCUCAUGUCGGAUGAGAAUUGCUUUAAGCUAAUGUUCAUUCAAAGUCAAGGUCAAGUUCAGCUGACCAUUGAGCUCCUGGACACAGAAGAGGAGAACUCAGAUGACCCUGUAGAAGCAGAGCGUUGGUCAGACUAUGUGGAACGAUAUAUGAGUUCUGAUACUACUUCUCCAGAACUUCGAGAACAUCUGGCACAGAAACCAGUAUUUCUCCCAAGGAAUUUGCGGCGUAUUCGGAAGUGUCAGCGUGGUCGAGAGCAACAGGAAAAAGAAGGGAAAGAAGGAAACAGCAAGAAGACCAUGGAGAAUGUAGAGAGCCUGGAUAAGCUGGAGUGUAGGUUCAAGCUGAACUCCUAUAAGAUGGUGUAUGUGAUCAAGUCAGAGGACUACAUGUACCGGAGGACAGCUCUGCUCAGAGCUCACCAGUCCCACGAGCGUGUAAGCAAGCGUCUGCAUCAGCGGUUCCAGGCCUGGGUAGAUAAAUGGACCAAGGAGCAUGUGCCUCGUGAAAUGGCAGCAGAGACCAGCAAGUGGCUCAUGGGUGAGGGGCUAGAGGGCCUGGUACCCUGCACCACCACCUGUGAUACAGAGACUCUGCACUUUGUGAGCAUUAAGAAGUAUCGUGUCAAAUACGGCACAGUAUUCAAAGCCCCUUAACUGCAGAGCCAGAGCAGGUAGCUCAGAGGUGUGUGUGUGUGUGUGUGGUGUGUCUGUGUGUGUACGUGUGUCUGUGUGUGGGCAUGUGUACUCACGUACACGGAAGAAUCAAGGAAGAUGCCUUUCAAGCCACCAGUGCAACCUGACACCCAGCAGGAUACAUGAAAGAAAUGUGGAUGGCUAUCUUAGCAAGCUGGAGCUGGCACUUCUCCCUAGGGUGCUCUCUGGACCCAACAGGGAGUGAAGUCCAUGCGAGCAGAGACAGGCAGCUCGCGUGCAUACACCAGCAGAGAUCAACUACAACUUCUGUGACCUGAGCAAUCAGUUGCUGUCCCCAUGGAUAGAUGAGGUGCAUCUUGUCACUGCUCCUCUUCCCACCUCUGGGGGAAGCGGGGACUGGAUUUGUUGAUACCCCCACUUGAGCACAUCUAAGAUCUCUGUUAGAUUUUAUCUGAGACCUGUUUGGCUUUGGAAUUGAUAACUUAUGGAUUUGGUUUCUGAGUCCUUGAAGCUCACCUUCCUCCCUCUUCUGGUUCUCAACCUCAACAAAUUCCAGUCAGCCCUCCUUUUUAGCUCCCAUGGGACUGUUUUGUACCUGCUUCUUUCUAGUCUGCCCUAGUGCCAUCCACCAGCUUCUCUCUCUCUCUCUCUCUCUCUCCCCCUCUCUCCCUCUCUCUCGCUCUCUCGCUCUCGCACAGGCACACUCACACACACACGCACACACAGUUUUAACUUGGUUUUCCUUUUUGUAAAUAAUGUACAUACUGUCAAUUUUUUAUUAAAGAACUAUGCUUUGAUGUGCUAGCAUAACUGCUCUAGCUUCUUGUGUACAAUAGUACUAUGUGGGUUCAGAUUUAGUACCUAUAAACAGAUGUACAAGACAUUUAUUACACUUUUUACCAAAGGGAGAUACUGUUGUAGUACUUUUGUGUAAAACUUGUCUUCCCCCAACAACUUAUUUUCUUUUUCCUUUUUUUUUUAAUGUAAAUAAAGCUUGGUUCUUAAGGAAA